CGAGCAGGGACCCCCCCUUGCCCCUUCCCCCCGCACGCCUCCCUCUUGAGCCAGAGGCGGGGAGAGAGGGCGAAGGGGUCCCAGAUUCCGAUCUCUGUCGAGGCCACUUUGGCUCGAGGCCUCCUGCCCCGAGGCUGCAGAGGAGGCCCGCCCCCGCCCGCGAUCUCCCUCGCGACCCUGGGGCCGCCCCCCCGAAGGUAGCUGGGUCUCGAGCCGCGGGCCAGCAUGGUGGCGGAGCUUGAGGAGCCGAAGAGGCCGGCGAACGCCUACUGGAUGUGGCUCGGCGACAACGCGACUCGUUGGCGAAGGAGGCCGGCAGCAACAAGGCGCCCAUCAUCGGCAAGCUCGCUGGCGAGAAGUGGAAAGCCAUGCCGGCGGCGGCCAAGAAGCCUUUCGAGGACAGGGCCGAGAAGCUCAGGUGCGAGUACGACAUAGCCAUGGAGAAGUUCAAGGCCGGCGGGGGCCAGGUGGGCAAGCGGCGCCUGGAGAAGAGGGAGGCGAAGGAGGGGCAGCAGGCCAAGACUGCCAGGAAGGCGAAGAACGAGGCCGAGAAGGCAUCGGGGAAGCCGUCGCGGCCGCAGAACGCCUACUGGAUGUGGCUCGGCGAGAACCGCGAGGCGCUGACAAAGGAGGCCGGCACCGCGCGGGGGCCCGUUGUCGGCAAGCUCGCGGGCGAGAAGUGGAAGGCUCUGCCGGCGGCGGCCAAGAAGCCGUUCGAGGAUAAGGCCUCGGUGCUGAAGGCCGCGUACGAUAAGGCCUUGGCGGAGUGGAAGAAGAGCAGCGGCGGUGGCGGGGACGAGGAGGACGAGGACGGCGGCGACGCGGCCGUUGGCGGAGCUUAGCCAGUUUGCUUCUGUGCAUGCACAAUCCUUGCCCGCGAGGGUGCUGCCCCUCGCAGGAAGUCGGGGCGCCUCAGGAGAGCUGCGGGCCAGCCUGGUGCGAGCGGGCGGCGGACGGCGUCGCGGUUCGCACCCAGUGCUGGCGUUUGGGGUGGGGGCCAGCGCAGCAGAGUGAAGAGCGCGCCUCGCGUGCCAGAA